UAAACAAAGCAAAAUUUAUAAUCAACGGAAAAAGUUGUUAGUCUUUAAUUUGUUCUAAAGAUUGAAUCCUGAAAGAACCAUAUUCUUGUCUUUCUGGGGUUCAAAGAAGAGCAGAGAAAAAUGGGUAGGGGGAAAAUAGAGAUAAAGAGAAUAGAGAAUGCUAAUAGCAGGCAAGUCACAUUCUCCAAGAGGCGUGCUGGUUUGCUCAAGAAGGCUAAGGAACUCGCCAUUCUCUGUGAUGCUGAGGUUGCCGUCAUCAUUUUCUCCAAUACUGGCAAGCUCUUUGAGUUUUCCAGCUCUGGCAUGAAGAAAACACUUGCCAGAUACAACAAGUGUUCUCAAGGUUCUUCUGAGAUUGCUCAAGUGGAACAUAAAGUAGAGAAAGACUCUAAGGAGGUAGAUAAUCUGAAGGACGUAAUCGCAAAGCUACAAAUUAAACAGUUACAGCUAUUGGGUAAGAACUUGACCAACAUGAGCUUGAAAGAGCUUCAGCUUUUGGAGCAACAGCUUGACGAAGGGCUGUUAUCAGUGAAGGAGAAAAAGGAACAAUUGCUUAUGGAACAACUACAGCAAUCAAGAGUUCAGGAGCAGCGGGCUAUCCUUGAGAAUGAAACUUUACGCAGACAGGUUGAGGAGCUACGAAGUCUUUUUCCAUCAACUGAUCGCCGAGUCCAAUCCUAUCUUGAAUGCUAUCCUGUUGAAAGGAAGAAUUCUCUCAUGAGCCAUAGCAUUCCCAGUCCAGAUGUGACCUGUAAUUGCACUGUUGAAAAGGGAGAUUCAGACACUACCUUGUAUUUGGGGUUGCCAAAUGAUUAUCACAAGAGAAAGAAAGCUGAAAGAGAAACCCAUUCCAACGACUCAGAGAGCCAAUUGGGGCUGAUGUGACCCUUUCUUUCAUGGUGUUUGCUUUGCCUUUAAUGGGGAUGACGGAACUGAGACAUGGUCCAGUUGAGUCUAGUUUGGUAGUUUAUUAAAGCAACAGUUGUCCACAUCAAAGAAGUCAACAAGGUGAAGGUAUAGAUGUUUCUUUUCAGGAGGAAGACUAAGUUUUCAUCAGGUUAUGGAUAGAGUUUAGUCGUAACCGUUAUUGGAAAAAGGAUGAGGCUAUUGCGAAAAAAAAAAAAGAAAAAGGCUUUCCUUUAUCUAUUAUUUUUCUCUUUUUUGUAUUACAAUGGUUCUAGUUUUGCUUUCCACCGCAACUUUCUUUACCAAUGGAAUUAGUGAGGUUGCACUUAAUGUUUCAAUUGGUGACCGAGAAAAUUUUGUUUUUUUGGCCUCCUUUUCCUUUCUGCUAUUUACAGGGUUCUUAACUUUCUGCAACUU